UUUUUUAAUUUUGAACGCUUUGGGUUUCCAUUUUGGGGCCGUUUAUUGGCUCCCCAUUAUAGGGAGACCUAAAGCCGUUAAGAGCUUCAGCUGCCAGGUUGUGAGCCGCAGUCCUUGAUGAGGAAAGACAACGGCCGACAGAGGGGGUUUUACACACACACACACACACACACACACACGGGAGUUUCAUCUUGCAGCGGUGACGCACUGUGAGCUCACUUUGCCAGCUCAGUGUUACGUCUUCUUUACACACACACACACACACACACACACACACACACACACACACACACAGAGAGAGAGAGAAGGGGGAACCUCGCGUACCGGCCGGCUUUGUGGUUUUCAUCCAUCUUCUUUUAAAUUACACCUGCCAACUCGGUCCACUACAACCGAUGAUGCUCGUCUCUGAACACUGAUUUCAACUCCUUUUAUUCACCAAACCGCCUCCAAACCGAAGGAUUUGACAGCGCAAGUGCUGAGAGAGGUCGAAAGAGUUGAAGUCAAAAAAAAAGUAUCAUAUGAACAUAGUAGAAUACAUUGAAGAAGAUGAGGAACCACCUUUAUUGCUCAGCUCUCGUCCUUCUCACGGUGUUCGGCUGUGGUGGGACUGCAGCAGUGCAGUGUCGGCGGGGGGAAGGAUGUGUGUGUCUGCACUGCCCUGCUGGCCAGGAGCCUUCCAAGGCUUGUGGGCAGAUCCAAAGGCCAACAGAGGAAGUGCUAUGUCAGUUGUGCCCAUCUGGAAGCUUUUCAGACACACUGGACUCUGAGCUUUGCCGCCCACGUGCAUCCUGCAAGAUCCUCGGCCGUAAGGUUGCAACCCCUGGCACUGGGACCUCCGAUGCUGUCUGUGGGGACUGCCUGCCUGGGUUUCACUCCACUGCCACAGGGGAAGUUUCCACCCAAAGUCUGUGUGUGAAAACAGCUCUGCGUGUCCGAGCGGUGCGUACAGUGGGUAAAGGUCCAUCGAGCGGUGCAGGGGGGCCGGUCAAUGGCACAGUGGUACGAAGCGCUGAGGAGAAGACGGCAGAGUACGCCGUGUUCGCUUUGGUGCCCAUCUUCUGCGUAAUGGGCCUGUUGGGUAUCCUCAUCUGCAACAUCCUGAAGAAGAAGGGAUACCGCUGCAGUGCUGACAAAGAGGGAGGAAAUGAAGAAAUUGCCACACCGCAGAAAGAAGGUAACAACUGUCCCUACAUAUCUGACGAUCUGAAUGAAGACACCAUCAGUAUUCUGGUUCGCCUCAUCACUGAGAAGAAAGAAAAUGCUGCUGCACUGGAGGAAUUGCUGCUGGAGUACGAGAGCAAACAGAUGGCCAUGAGGAAAGCCUCGUCAAUCAAGUUCCCGAUGCUGUCUCCUCUGUCCCCUUUCCGCUCCCUCCCCAGGCUGUGCCCCCAUCAGUCCCACCUCCACACCAUCUCUGGCCUCUCCGGCCUGGCACCCAAACACGGCUACCGCUGCACCCGCUGCGCUCAGAAGAAAUGGCCCCCUGUCCUCAUACCUCCCCUGGAUUCUCUCAGAGAUCCCCUGAAGGCUCCCCAGAGCCUGAUCCUGCCCUUACUGGACAGAGCCAACGACCAGCAGAAGAGGCCCCUGCUGGGGGGUUUGUUUGUCGACACCCACCACACACAAGCUGUUGUGCCAAAUACUGUAGAGAAGGAGGGAGAGCUGACAGUGUUAUCUGUGGGGAGGUUUCAAGUGGCUCAGAUCCCCGAGCAGAAGCCUGUCACGGUGGAAACCAAGACAUCAUCCCAGGAGCAACGCAACUCCCUGUUUGGAGGGAAACCGUUCUGCUCGUCUUCCUCAUCUGGCAUCAGGAGGUGAAGAGACAGAGAGACGGUGUAUUAUACCGCUACCUUGCUGAAUACGACCUCAUCAUUCACUGACAACUUGACAGCUGGCAAGGAGGGAGUUUCUCGACCAUGAAACCACAAGGACCACCUCGUGCUGGAGGAAGUUGUUUCUAUUCGCGCAAAGAGAGGAAUAUAACUGUAUUUAUUAUCACAUAAAAACGAUAUUGUACUUUACAGAUGUAACAUCGUAGAAGUUCCACUCCAAUCACAGCUGCUUCACUGUCACAGAGAAAGUAAAGAGUAUAGCUUUGUGAUAAAAGAUUGUCAACGUCUGACAGAGGGAGGCAGAAAGCCCCUAUAUUUGUGCUUCCAUGUAAAAAAAAUACAGACACAGGGGUAAAACACACAUAGGUGAACACAUACUCAAAUAACUAAAACUGCUCAAUCAGCAGUGAGACUGAAACAAAAUGAGGAAAUGUCAAACCAAGUUGUGAUCAAGUGCCAUAUGAACUAAGAGUAUCAAAGAUUUCCUUACCAGACAGAGCAAAGCUGGUGUGGCUGAAAUAAUAAUAACCUAUAUGAUUAUGGCCAUAAGACACUUAAUUAAAGUACAGCACUACUACAGUAAGUAUUAGAAGCACAAAAUGUUAUAACAUUCCAUAUCAUUUUGUUGUUAUAAAUAUCUUUUUAUUUGAAGUUAUCCAGCAUCACGUUUCUUCUCACAUUCGCAGGUGAGUCGAGGUUUUAGACCGUGAAUAUGUUGAAUGUAGUCUUAACAGUUCAGUGAACCUUUUGAGAGUGUGAGAAACAUUCACUCAGCGAUGUGCACCUAUCCACAGUCAGCAUUAAUAAUAAUAUUUGCAACCUUUAAGCUAUUAGACUAUAGGUCCAAGAAGGUUGAGAUGCGUUCCCAAAACUGUAUCACAACAUAUUUUGUACAACACUGCAUCCCAAUGGCAGUUAAAGGCUGCAACUGUCGUUUGGGUCCUGGCGUGAAGAAGUUCGAUGGGUAGAUAUCACUUUUGUAGAAUAGACCAUGUAAAUGAAUGUACAUAUGUAAAUAUGGGUGGGUAUAGAAAAACGGUUCUGGCUUUUAUAAUUUUAGCAUACAGUUUGUGUGAGGUGAAAGACAACAGCACUGCACCAAUAAGUGACACUUGUAGUCCAUCAAUAAAAACAAAAACCUAAACUCCAUCAUGAAUAUAAGCGGAUUCUGGUUAAACAUCUGUGUCUUGUUUAUAAACCUAAACACACACACGCAGUACACAUAUCCAGACUCCAGUUAUGUAAUCUCCAUAACUGUAAGGAGCCACUCCCACAUACACACACACGCACAUUUUUAGUUUUUACAGUUUAAUUAAAUAAACCAGUGGCUGCAGUAGACUAGUGGCUGGGAUGCCUCAAAGUCAUGCAGCUCACUUGGCUUCAGUUUACAUCCUCAUGGGUUUUAAAGAGUUUACUAUAAUUAUCCACUCAUAUUCAUAUUUCUUAUUAUGUUUCUUCUCAUGAAUUCUACAUGUCUGGAGGAUUUAUUGGUUGCAGCAGUUACACAUUUUUAUUUUAUCUGUUUUUAUUACUAUUAGGAUUAUUAUUAAAUGUUUUCAAGCUGAAGUGUUGCUGGUAGG